AUAAGAAUUUGUUUCAGUUUCUAUUAUAUUUUUGAAUGUGCGAAACUGAACAUUUUUUAAAAUAAUAGAAAUAUAAAUAGUGUUUAUUUCAUUGAAUUUUGCGUCUUACCUUUAAGACAUAAAAUAAAAUAAAAUUAUUAUUUCAUAAAGUUUAGGAAAUAUAUUUCAAAGUUGUAAAUGAAUAACACUGAGUAUACAUUAGCAUUUCAAAUAGAGAUAUGGCAACUAGUUUGGUAUGCUAUAAUUGGAAUAAUUGGAACAAUUGGAAAUGGCAUUGUAAUGUUUGUUAUACUUCGAUCGAAAAAAAAUGAUCGCAAAUCAUCUUUCAAUGUUGCUAUAUUUUCAUUAGCACUUGCUGAUUUCAUGGUGUCUAUACUUGGUUUACCAAUUUAUUAUAUAUCAACAGGCUCAUUUCAAAAAUAUCACCCAAUAGGUAAAAAAGGAGAUCGGAUGUGUAUGCUUAUGACAGGUUAUUUUUUACCCUAUUGGUUUCUAGAUACUUCAGUUUUUUUACUUGUGUACAUUGCAAUGGAGAGACGAAACACAAUUUUGUAUUAUAAUUCUUUGAAACUAAAUUCAAGUUCAUUCAGAACCAAACUACUAACAAUGGUUGCAAUUUACUUAUCCGCUUUUUUGGUACAAUUUUCAAGUGCAUAUUUUUUAGUUUAUGAUAUAAAAAAAAAAGAGUUUGGAAACUUCUGUAGGUAUAAUUUAUCGCAAAAUAAGUCAACCGUUCUUAAAGUUAUAAUAUUUACUGUUGAUACGUUAGCUCCUAUUAUAAUUAUUUCGUACUGUUUCUACCAUAUCACUCGCACGCUUACAAAAAUAGACACUUUAUUGGGAAAAUCACUGGAGAUACAAAUUAAUCAAGAAGUCACAACCGAUGUUGCUCACGAUCGUAUGGUAAGAACAAGUAAAACAAUAAUGAUUAUUGCGGCUGCGUUUGGCAUUUGCAUUUUACCGAACCAACUACUAUUUGUCUUAUCAUCAAUAAAUAACUCUUUUUUUGCUUGGAAUGGAGUCGUUUCACAAAUUUUUGUUUUAAUGCGAUUUUCAAAUUCAUUUAUAAACCCUAUGAUAUACUGUUUUCGGAGUAAAGAAUUUAGAAAAGAUUUUUCAUCAAUGUCGAUUUUUAACUUUCGGAUGCAAAAUUUGACUCCAACUGGUUGCAGAUAUUCCGAUUAUCAACAGUUGCCUGACAUGACUUUUAAAUGAGUUUUAGUUUUUCUUUUAUUUAAAAGAGCGGUAUGUGUACUGUGAUUAUUCUACUUUGGUAAAUCUUUGACUAACACCCUUUUACCAAUUACAAAAGAAUUGUUUUAAAAAACCAUUUCUCAAAAUCACAGAAAUUCAAACUUAUAAAAAUUUAAAAAAUUACAUUUUUUUGAAGUUAAAAAAUUUUCAAACAUUAUAUUUUAUGAUAAAGUACCUGGUUUUUAUGGGAUUUUUACAUGUAUUUUAAGUUUUUUUU